CCCAUGUUUUCUUUUUUUACGUUCUUUGCGUUCGCGCGCGCGCAUCCACCCAUUUGCACCAACUAACUGCACCGCAUCUCACGAAGAUUCGCCGGACAUCCGCCGACAACUUGCCGCCGUUAGUCCUUUUCAACGGUCUGCCGGGACCCUGACGAUCUUUCUUAGAUGGCAUCAUACCCAGAACCUUCCGAGCCUGCUGAACCAGGUCCGGUUCCUCAACCAACCACGCCGUCGCAUCACCACCAACAACUCCAAGAGUACGAUGGCCUUCAGUCGCCCAUAUCCGCCACCACAGUCGCCCAUCAUGGACUUCAAGUCUUGCAAGCUGCAUCUGCAUCUGCAGCCCCUACCGCCCCUAAUCCCGCCGACUUGGCCCAGCAGUAUGCGCAGUCCGCUACCUUGCAGAUGAACGGUGCAUCAUUCUCGCCCCCUCUCGUCACGUCGGCCGCGACGCCUAUGCCUGUGACGCCUACAACCCAAACCCAGAAGGUAACCAGACUUCGACGAGCUUGCGAUAUGUGUAGUCAGCGGAAAGUGAAGUGCGACGAAAGUGGCCCGCCUUGCAAACCAUGCUCCGACCUUCAGGUUGAGUGUACCUUUAAUAGAGCGAUGAAGCGACGUGGCCCGCCGAACAAACAUGCCGAAGCGGCCAGGGCUGCGAAACGAUCCCGGAGUGACGAUGCCUCACCAGCUCCCCAUCACGCCGCCGAAACGUUGGUUUCUAUCGCGACUCACAACCCCCCCGUCACCCUAGACGCCGAGAUUAUUGCGCCGUGGCCCAUCCUAGAGCUUCUCGUUGACGAUUUCUUCACUUAUAUACAUCCUCUAAUGCCCUUCCCGCAUCAGCCAUCCUUUCGUGCAGCCUUUACUAGUCGCAUGGAUAGAUCUAGCGGCGAAUUCUUAGCAUUGCUAGCCAGCAUGGUAGGUGUGUUGGUAGCAUCAUUUCCUAGAAGUGCAAGAUCGCACCUCAAGGCCCAACACAGUACUGGGCUCUUCCCCUCGGCCAUUGCCAUGAUUGAUCACUGCCGGUCCAUUGCGUUGGAGGCCCGGGGUGCUCGCUUUAUGAUGAAAGAUGAGAUGAGCCCGGACGACGCCGCUACUAGCUAUUUCUUAGGUAUCGCUUGCGCGCAUACGCUCCAAUGGAGAAUGUGCAAGCGCUUCCUAAGCGAGACCAUGACAUUCUGCAGAGAGCUUGCUGCCCGUCGGCAAAGAGCUAUGUCCGCCGUGGAAACACUUAUGCCCGGUCUUACCAUAACGCCUAACGCUUCGCCUAAUAAACCCAUCGACCUCAUCAAGGAUCAGAUUAGCAAGCGCAUCUUCUGGGUUAUGGUCGCUGGCGUCAGAUCGAUGACCCAAUUGGGAGUAUCAAUCAAUGAAAUACCAUUACCUCCACCCACUUCUCAAGAGCCUUAUCCUGAGCAGCCGGUAGAAAUCGACGAUGAAUAUAUAUUCUCGGAACAGAUACUACCCCAGCCGGAGGACACCGUCUCUCUAAUCACGGGAUUUAAUCGCAACAUUCGUGUGUAUAUGACCAUGAAUGAACUUGUCGGAGUCGAUAUGUGCUAUGGAAUCAACUUCUUCGAUUGGACUGCGCAGAAAAAUAUCCUAAGCAAUGGGCUUGCCAGCGCGAAGCAGUCUGCCGAGGACCUUCCACCCGAGCUCCAGGUAAAAGCGGAUAACCUUCAGCAUCUUCAAAAUCACACUUUAGGGUUUGACGACUGGGACUUGGAGUAUUAUCCACCUGCUAUUCCCACUACACAGCCGGCAAAUGACUUGCGACGCGUGCUUGCAGAGCAACCUACGCGCCGGCGUCACCUUCAGUUCGAAAUUCAGAAGGCAAAUAUACAGAUGUCACAGCUAGCCACUCGCUCGUACUUCGUAGAACGAUACCUUAACCUCCGAAAUGCGCGCCGGGCGGAUCCCAAUUUUGCGGAAAGGACAAAAACGGAGGAGAAAGACGAUCGAGACGAGAUGAUGGAGAGCGAGCGGGAACUUAUCGUUCAGAAUCUCGUCACGGUACUGACAUCCAUCAGUCAACGUAACAUGGAGCCGAAUGGAUGCUCGCUUAUCAACAAAAUUCGACAGGUUGCUAGCACACUACUGGAUAUCAAUGCGGAAGGUAAGGAACUUGCCGUAGCCAAGGCCCAGGAAUACCUCAACGGCUUCCUCGACAUACUUAUGAAAUUAGAGAAGAUGGGAGCCUCUCCUCGUGCCGAGACAAUGACGGCUCAGGAUGAGGAAGAGGAAUUGCGGAACUGGUCUAGUCUGAAGGAAUAUCAACAUCGGUUCAUGUCAAGCGGCGGGUUCCUUGGGGACGGCUAUUAGAGAGUGGAUUCGUCACCCUACCAUAUCCCACUUGAGCUUUUUCUCUUAGACGGUCGUGUAUGUAUAUAGCUAUUAAUAUCCAUUGAGCUCACUAUUAAGUAAUAAUUGCCUGGAAGUAUACCGCGAUGGUUUACUGGUGAAUGAAGGAAGUUUAGCUCGUAUAUUAGAAUUGAGUUCUCUUUUACG